UCACCCAUCAUUGAUUGGAAGGUUGUCUGUUCAUUUACAUAGGCAUAGGCGCUUUCUGUUGGAUCUCUUCACUUUGAGACACAGUAAUGAUGGUUCAACAGAAGGAAAUCAACUUACCCCAACAGCCGAUCAAUCACGGCGGCAACAAUGUAUUCUGUGCCACUGAAUAUUGUCCUUCAAGACGAGUGACUCGUACCUUGGAAGGGAGGUAUACUAGUCUCUACCUGUGCGGCUCUCUCUACCUGUCGAUGCUGUGGCUUAGCCGUCAAAGUGCAGCUAUGAUGCCAAAACUCCCUAAGUCUAGAUGCAGGCCGUCACGGCGCAAUAUCUACCUGCCCGCGACUAUAUACUUUUACACACCCUUGAACGCCGUAUAUAUGUAUCACGUUUUUCGCGGCCCUCCAGUUGCGUUCAGAAUAGUCUACAUCUACCUAAGAAAUCCAUGAAACAGAAAUAUUAAUGAGGCUUAUUCGGUUUUCGCUUGAUGAAUGGAUCUCCGGCGUUCCUCUUCUUGGGUGGUACCAUAGGUCUAGGUGGUCGAGGAACUGAUGGUCCCUAGUAAUCG